AUGAAAAACAAAGAAGGUUGGGACGGCAAGUUGAGAAUGGAGCCGAAAGCCGUGAUCACAAAUCCAGAGGCACUCGAGGACUCAGAUUACUCUGAUCCCGAAGCGCCGCCCGAUCUUGACGUCGUUCAUUGUCGCGUCUCGUCUAUCGCUGCCCUACACCUGGAGCGAUUCACAAAUCUUCAGAGACUAUGCCUUCGACAAAACCAAAUCACGCGUAUCGAAUUUCCCUCUAAUGUCGCCGAAACUUUGACAGAACUUGACCUCUACGACAACCUCAUCUCGCAUCUGAAAGGAUUGGACGAAUUCCAAAACCUGACGAGCCUCGAUCUGAGCUUCAACAAGAUCAAGCACAUCAAGAAUGUGGACCACCUGAAAAAACUGACCGAUAUCUACUUCGUGCAAAAUAAAAUUUCACGAAUUGAAGGUCUCGAGGGUCUCGAUAAGUUACGGAAUCUGGAACUGGGCGCGAACCGCAUCCGGGAGAUCGAGAAUCUGGCAACACUUGCGUCCCUGGAGCAACUAUGGCUUGGAAAGAACAAAAUCACCGAGAUGAAGAACCUGGACGCCCUCUCCAACCUGCGUAUCAUUUCCAUUCAAUCGAACCGUCUCACGAACAUCACCGGCCUCGCUUCCCUCCCCAAGCUUGAAGAACUUUAUCUCUCCCAUAAUGCGAUUACCGAUCUAUCUGGCCUCCAGUCUACCACUACCCUUCGAGUCCUCGAUUUCUCAAACAACCAGAUCUCCCAUCUUGAACACCUUGGGACUUUGAAGAACCUCGAGGAACUCUGGGCUUCCAACAACCAGCUCGCGAGCUUUGACGAGCUCGAGCGAGAGCUGAAAGAUAAAGAAAAAUUGGAAACCGUGUACUUUGAGGGCAACCCUCUUCAGACCGAGGCAUCAGCCCUCUACCGGUACAAGGUGCGAUUGGCGCUGCCUCAGAUCAAACAGAUUGACGCUAGUAUGUUAUAUGCAAGCCCUUCCGCAAGUCCUCUUGACAGUAUCGAAUACUCUAUGAUCCGUGAGCGAUUGACUAACACUUUCUCUUUUCACUGCGACAGCGGUUCCGAUGAGGAAUGA